AUGGCGGAGGUCGCCCCGCACCACCACCACACACCCCCCCCCCCACCGUCGGACCAAUGGCGGCGCCCCUUCCUAUCAUGUGACCGCGACGGGGGUCGACGAGCAGUUCUCAAAAUGGCGGCGGCGGCGCUGACAUCCUCUCGCGAUCAUCCCCCUCCCCACAGCGGCGGAUCACGUGCUCGCAGGCUACUUCCGGGAGUGGGAGUGGCUCCGGGCCGGAAACACGAACCACUGACCUUCGAGGACAUCGCUGUCUACCUGAGCCGCACGGAGUGGGACACCAUCACGGCAGGGCAGAGGGAGCUCUACCGCAGCGUCAUGAUGGACAACUACGGGCUCCUGACAUCCCUGGGUUACACAGGCCCCAAACCUGAUAUUUUAUACCGGAUGGAGCGUGGGGAAGAGCCAUGGGUCUGCUCGCUGCAGAGCCCGUCGAGGUGGAAAGGCCCUGACUGCCCCUCUCCAGGAUGUGCUGGGGCCAUGAGGUUGCUGAAGGCACCUCCAUGGGGCUGGUGGCCUGGGGCUGGUGCGCCAGAGGAGAGGGCACAGUCACCCUGCCAAGGUGAGUCCUGGUCCCUCUUUUUCCUUGCUACUGGGCUGUGGAGCAGGAAGCUGGCAGCAGGAUCUGGCUGUGCCUGGUCAGUGCCACUGGUGCUUCUCCAGACCCAUGCCAGACUGGCCAUGCAGAGUCUGGAGAAGCAGAGCCCUGGUGGCCCCAAACUGGGGAGGAUGGAGGUUUCUUACCUCCCCAUCCCCUCAGCAUGGCCCCUUUCUCUAGAGCCCCAGCCAGCCAGAAGUGAAACUCCCACCAGCACAUGCUCAGAAGGAGGGCAGAGCCUGCAGUGCCAUCUCCAGCCUGGAACACUCCUGAACAAGCUAAGAUGUCUCAUGGGUCACAGCAAGGCGCAGGUGGAGGUGCCCAGUAGAGGACUGGCACCAGCGCAAAGCGAAAACCAUGCACAGACUGUUGUCUGGCCCAAGAAGGAAGAAGCAGCAGAAAAUAAACACGGGGUGACAGCAAACAUAGCACAGGGCAGAGAACUCGCACUUAAUUCCUGGAUGGAACAGCAGAACCAUAAGUCAAAUCCUCAGGAGCACCUUUACAGUGACCCAAAGGAGCAGUGUCAGAGGAGCACCUAUGAAAGCUUCUGCCCCUCAGGAGAAGCUCCAUUCCUCCUGAGACCCAGGGAACUGUGUGCCAAGGAUGUGAAGGAGGCUAUUUGGAAGGACCACUGCUACUGUAGGGAGAGCAUGAUGCAGAUCUGGCACUGUGGCACCGGGCCCUGUCCUCCCACAGACCACAGCUACUGCCAGCUGCAAGCGUCAAGCAGCACCGUGCUCAAGGACCACGCGUACUGCUGCCCGCAGAGGACUUGUUUCAGGGCCAGGGUUGGUAACAUGGCUCGUCUGGGUGGCAAAGCUCGGUCCGUGCUGCACAGGCUGGCCACACAGAGAGCCCAGAUCAGGCAGAUCAUCAGGAAAGCCAAGCGGAUUAUGUGGCGCUGCAAUUCCCACAUCAGCAGGAGUCUGAGGGUUCCUCGGUGUGCCUCCAGCACCGGCAGUCCUGUGCCUGCUGUCCCUGAUAGCAAGGUGGAGUCAGUCCCCAUGGAGGGAAGGUGUGAAGCACUUGUUUCUCCUGCAGAGCGUGAGGCCACUCUGCCCCUGUCUGAGAGCAGAGUCAGCUCCCAAGAAGCAAUUUGCACCCCUGUGGCAUCCCCUGCACCGCUGCCUGUGCCCCCACCCUCCGAGGCGGCUGUGGUGGGGAGUAGCAAAGUGCUGCACCCUGGGGUGUCUGCAUGUAGCAAGGAGCAGCCCAUCUGCAGCUCUCAUGUUAACCAGAGCACCAAAGGACAGGAACCUCCUCACUCAGAUCAGAUACCACUGCACACUGCCUAUAAAACAUUGAUGUGGACGGUGGACCAUGUAUUUGGAUCCGUGUGCCACAAGCUCGAGCUCAACAGCUAUGGCUGGCAUGCAGAUACCCAGCCCUUCAUUAUCCGCAUGGACAGCUGACAGCACCCUGCAGCCAAACUGCCCCACAAGUGGUGUGGGAAAGGAAAUGCCGUGAGACACAUGCAGAGGAGGGAUCAGUGGGAGAAGAACUGUGCAGUGCCUGUGGCAGAAACAGGGAUUGUUCAGAGGAAAAGGCCCAGGGAAGGAUGAGUGGGACAGAGAGAAUGGAGACGGGCAGUGUGGGUGGGCCAGCUGCAGGGGCAGGAGGUUUUCUGACCACGGGGAUCUUUGCUGUCUUCUCAUUAAAGUAUCUGAAGUUACUGUC